AUGUCCGUGCCGGAUAUCCCUUUUGCCCAGAGCUCUCAUCGUCGUGAUUUCAGAUAUGGCGGCCAAAUCCGCCAAAAGCUGAAGCCCCUUGUCGGAGUCCUCUUAUACUGCACCCAGGACGACAGCCUGUUCCCUCUACUUCCUGGACAACCUGACCACCUCGAUAAUCGCAUGAUGAACAUUCUUGAAUCGCCCUUGCCGGACUCCCUUCUAGACAGUAUCACAGGGAAUGUGCCCCGCGAAAUCAAGGAGCUGCCGGUGAAGUGGUUGGCUGUGUUCAGGAAUGAGGGGACAGGAUUUGCUGGCAAUGUCGGCGAGAGGGUGAAGGUAACAGACGUGUCUGUGGUCGCGGGUGUCGACGAUCCGUUGAGGAUGGAGGCGAAGGUGACCACGGAAGUAGAAGUUACAGAAGACAUGUGCGACUCUCAAGGCGUGCUGCAUGAGGGCUGUAUCGUCUACUUGAUCGACGAGUGCUCCUCUAUUGCCAUGGUCGUUUCAAACGCCUACGAAGAUAAUUACCAACCACCUGGUGUAUCGCAAACGAUAAAUACCCUCUUUCAUGCGAGAGCACUGGUAGGAACGAAGCUCCGACUACUAAAUUUCUCUGUGGCGAAUGGAGAUCAAUCUAAUGCGGGACGUACUGAGGUCUGGGAUGCGACUAACCGGAGGCUGGUUGCCUCUGGAUCGCCACGACGUAUUCUUGACUCUAUCGACUGCUUGCUUUCACCGCUCUCUUCGUCGAAGCUCGUAAAGCAGCUAGAGUGUCCGCAACCCGUCACUGGCCUUCGGAUUCCCUCUACAAUGUCUCUCCACAAAGGUGCCUUUGCGAUCCUCGACACCCCUCUUCCGCCCGAAGCGACCGUGUUGAUCGCAGGAAACGCAUCGGAGGAGAUCAAAGGGCUUCCGGUGAAGUGGUACAAGAUCCUCAGUCUGCGCGGCUUUGGAUUCGCGUUUGACGUGCGGCAGCGGAUUGAGAUCAAGGAGGCGAGCAUCGAGCCGGCGGCGCAUAACGAUGAGAUGCGCUCGGCAAAGCUGCAGCCCCGGGCCGUCACUCCAGAUAUGUGCAAUGCGCAGGGCCUGCUGGAUCGGGGAUGUAUGAGCUUUUUAAUGGACGAGGCUUCAGCAAUUGCUCUCUUGAUGAUGAAUGUCGAGCAAGGACACAUAAAUAUUGUCGGCCUUUCCCAGACAUUCAAUAUCAUGUUCCAUCGUGAUGUACCUGUGGGCGCCAGAAUACGGAUUGUAAGCAGGUCCAUGUCCGCGGACACGGAUGUGGGCUGCUGUCGUAGCGAGAUAUGGGACGUAGGAAAUCACCAAAUAAUCGUCUCAGGCGUCCAGCAGAUGGUGACUCCACCAGUAGUUGUUCAAGAUGACGGCCAGGGUCCGAAGAACAAACUCUGA